UUACCUGUACAUAGCAGUCGUUGCCGACGAAGGUGAGCGCUGCGGGCGUUCAUAUAUAUAUUCAUAUAGAUAUGUAUUGCGUAUAUAUACACAUAUAUAUGACGAAUGUGUUCAGCAAAGGAAAUUCGUGCAAAAAGAAAAGAAAAAGUGUCCCGCAAAAUGCCCUUAUUACCUCGUAAAAGUAACACCUGCGCUCGCUUCAUCGACUUUUUCCACGUGGAGGCACAGUGUACGAGCUUUUCGUGUGCGCGUGUUUGAGCUUCGCCGUUAUUUUUCUUUUCUAGGGAUGUUUAACACAUAGGGACAAAUAAUUGUACUGCGUACUUUGUCGUCAAUUAUCGUGAAUGUUAUAUUCAAAGCGGAAAUCAAAUGGCGACUAUCGACGAUUCUUGUUCUGCUGUCGGCGAAAUUCAUUGUUGAUUUUUCGGAAAGAUUAUACUCGUUGAAAACGUUUCGAAAGCUCGAGAUUGUUGUAUUAUCGAAAAGAUUUAUUUUAUCCAGUUUUUUUAACGCAUUUAUUCGUUGCACUUACUUUUAGCGAGAUUUUUAUAUGGUCAUUCGAGAUGGGUAAAAACGGAAAAUUGUUGAUAAUCGUCAAUUUGUUUCGAAUGAAAAAUAAUGUUCAUUCUCAAGCUUCAAUGUGAUGUAGUAAAUCGAGAUAGUUCCGAGGAGCCGUCACUCUCGCUGGUAUAACCGACAGCCUACAAAGGUUUAAAGUAAAAAAAAGUAGUACGUCCGAUAACGACGAAUGUGUCGAGUAGCUGAAACAGUAGUAGUUGAAGUAUAGAUAAUCAACAAAAUAUACGAGAGAGAAGGGGGAAUUCUUGCAACGACGAAAAGUUUUUUAAACGAACAUAUUUUUAGAAUUGUAUUUAGGAGUUAAGGAAGAAACUCUUUGUUUGCGCAUCUUUUGACAGAAAAAUAUAUAUAUAAAUAUAUAUUUUAUAGCACUUAGAUAGCCAACCACUUUCCAAAAAAAGAAGAAAAAAACCGUAAAAGUAACAAAAAAAAACUUAUCUUUUCGAUAGAUAUAUACAUAUAAUAGUGUGUGUAAAGUGAUAUCUCGGCGGCGCCAACGAUGAAGAAAAAGUGAGCGUUCCGCUCCCGUAAUACAUACAACGACUCGAUUCCUGCUAGUCCUAGAAGAAGAAAACGGCCGGGGUAAGGAGGGAAAAAUUUUUCGUUCGUCCGACCGCAAGAAUUGCCCCUGGUUCUUUUUCGACAAUCGAAGAAGACGUGCGCGCGGGGAAAGGCAGCGGCGAGCGCAGGCGCGCACACAAAGGACAGCAGAAGGAAGGAUUGCUUCAAGAAAUAGGUAGGGAGCUUCUCUGCGCCUAUUCGAUUAUCGUUUUUCUUUUUUUCUUUUUUUCUUUUUUCGCGGUUCUACAUAGCUGUAUAGUGUACAUUAUUUUUUCCGAGAGAGAAAGAGCAAACACAACACAAAAAAUCAGCGUUAUCUAGAUGUAACAAGUGUACGUACGUAUGGAUGUGUGAGAGCAAAAGAAGCAGAAGACGACGAAGAGAGAGAGAGAGAGAGAGAGAGAGAGAGAGCGCGCAUGCCACAUAUUUACUUGUACUUUCUAAAACAUCAGGAAUUAUAUAUACAUAUAUCGUAUCUAAUAUCCUUCAGUUGUAUAUUUUAUCAUCGUCACAUUUACUCGCGCGCGCGCUCCAUUUAAUAUAUGAUUCAAGCUUACACAAUAAACGGGUUGUAUAGAAAAUAAAAAGCUGUGUGUUUUCUUGC